AUGGCUGAGGAAGAACGGAUUCCUUUCAUUUCACUGAACCAAACUAAAGAGACUCUCAAGUUCCCCAAGAAAAAGAAAAUAAAGCUCAGAAAAGAACAGAGUUCCUUUAAUUCUAUCGAUAUGGAGACUCGCAAGAAGUUCUUAAUUAAAUAUGCUAAUCAAAAUCAAACCUUUACAUGAGUAAAGAACCCUUCAAUGAACGGCAGGAGACACUUAAAGCAGGACGAUAAGUUCCUUACCACUCAAACGACGGCCAAGUACCCUCAGAACAAAAGGAUUUUCCGUAGCCCAGGAGCUACUGCGAAGAACUAUUUCUUUCCAAAUACACUAAUUAAGGAAGAAAAAUCUGACCAGAAAAGAGUCAGACAACAUAUGAAUGGAUUCUUUAGUUCGAAGCAGAAGAAUCAACGUAUUUUUUCAGUGGAACUUGAGAAGAAGUCUCCAGAGAAGAGAAGGAGAAAGUUUAAAUUGAGGAAGAAAGACUCUUUUUGCUUUCUGACAAAGUCACAUCAAAAUGACUCUAAUGAUAGCAUGGCUAUGAAGAAAAGAGAGAAGAAAUCAAUAUUCAGCAAGUUCAUCAACUGACCUCGACUGAAUGCUCAAAGGAUAAGUAAAAUCGUUAAGAAUCAGCACAACUCAAGAAACAAAAAUAUCUCCAUGAGCUCGUAUAAUCACAUUGAAGCAGAUAGAAUGCUAUCUCCAAUCAUGCAGAAGGAAGACCAUUUUUCACUUUCAAGGAACAUAAUUCCUCUGAAUAUUUCAGAUCAUAUGACAGUAACUGAUAAGAUCCGCCAGCUCAACAUGAGGAAGAAGAUCAAGCACCCAGAAGGAGACACUAAGGUAGACAAACUUCUGAGAACAAUGGUCCAAGAGAAUGAACACAAGGAAGAAAUCGAAUCGAAAAAGAGACUCAGUAAGAUACAGCUCAUUGAGCUUAUCAAGAAACGCAAGAGCUCUAUUGUCAAGAAGUACCUCGGCAUUGACUAGAUUACACAUUAAAAUGAAAGAACUCUAUAAGCUUUAGAAUGAAACAUGAGGUGAUUUUUGGAAAUUUAAAGCAAACAGAUACAAAAGUAAAUGGGUUUAUGACAUCAGAGUUCUAUGCUGCAUCUUUGGGUUUUGAUACAAGAAGCUCUAAUUAAGGGUUUUAAAUUGUGAUGCAAUGAUGUCUACAUCUUGGACAUACCCAUAAGC